UGAUUUUUAAUUUUUUCAGCAGCAAGUGCCUGCUUGCUUUAUAGGCGCACAAACCAGCUCAGUGGUGUUCCAACAUCUGGUUCUUCCUUCGCCACAGAGCGAAGCACUUUUGAUUUAAACAUCAAAGCCCUUUCUAAGGUUCAGUGACUUUACCUGCACUGUAGUUACCGGCUCACGUCCCGGAUAUUAAGUAUUGUAACUUACUAAGCCAAUGCCGGUUUGCGGACUUGGAAAGAAUCUUCUUCCGUAGAUCUGCGAAAUAAGUUUUUCUCCUCAUUAAGGUUUGGGAGUAUCCAAGUACGACGAGUGUAAAGGGAUGAGUCAAAGUGGAGGGGUCAAGUGAAAGAACACUCUCGGAAUGCGAGGCAAAGGGCAAUAGAAAACAAUAACCAUUACAAACUGGAAUCGAUUUCUGGGGCAAGAGUAUGGAGGUUUUCCUGCAUCAGUCCAGAAGGUUUGCAAGAGGAGAAAAAAAAAUGUCAAGGGGGGGGGGGGUUCCUAUGCUUCUGAAAAACACGUCUUUGCCUUAAAAGGAUGAGAUCAUUCCCCGGUAAAACUGCGCUGCACUUAUAUAGCUAAGGCAAAGCGAAGUCUGCAUGCUUUCUGAGCUCAGCCUGGAUGAAAAAAAAAAAUCCCUUGAGCCCACCCGGCAAGUUUUUUUUUUUCCCUCUCUUCUUUCUUCUUCUUCUUUCCAUUGCACACUGCUAAACAAACGGAGGUUUUCAGCAGGUCUCUUUAUUCUGUGUAGCACAUUCCUGAAUUUUGACGGAAGCCCAUUCUCUGGACAUGCUGCUCUCCACCCCUUCCCCCGCCCCCUUUGGCAGGCUCCCUCAGUCACGGUCUUUCUUCCUCUCCGGAGCGCUGGGUGUGGCUUAUACAUUAGUUAUGAGAUGCAGCCCCUAUUUGCUCAGCUAAUGAUGUAUGCAGGGCUCCGCGGCAGCGUGGUACUGGAGGCAAGUAGGACCAGCUCCAGGGGUAAAUGUAAUUGGAAACCAGGGCUUUCACCGUCAUAGCUCAGCUACUUUCCAUUCAGUCUUAGGUGCUUAAUUGAGGAAUAGAGAGGACUCCGGGUGCCGCCGCUGCAGUGGAGAGAGCCCUGAGGAUUCUUUACAAAGGAACUCCGGCUACCGGGAGGGAAGAAUUUCGCGACUGACACACUUGGGGAAUUAAGGCUUUCUAUUAAAAAAAAAAUAAUAAACAUUUUUAAAAAGGGAAAGAAGGAAUAAAUUCACCGGUCGCUAAAAGCCAGAGAGACAUUGAUGACUUUGGCUGACUGAUUUCUUCCAAGCUGGGAUUUUUUCCUUGGAUUUUAAAUUGCAGAUUUGAAGAGAUGACUUUUCUGGCAAUUCAUAUGUUGAUUGGGGCAUUUGUUUAUUCUGGCUGUGUGAAAGGAUCUUCACAGCCUCAGGCAAGAGUUUAUUUGACAUUCAAUGAACUUCGGGAAACCAGGACCUCUGAAUAUUAUAGUCUCUCCAACAAUCCAUUAGACUACCGGAUAUUAUUAAUGGAUGAAGAUCAGGACCGGAUAUAUGUGGGCAGCAAAGAUCAUAUUUUGUCUUUGAAUAUCAAUAACAUAAGCCAAGACCCUCUGAGUAUUUUCUGGCCAGCAUCUGCAAACAAAGUUGAAGAGUGCAAAAUGGCUGGCAAAGAUCCCACACAUGGCUGUGGGAACUUUGUAAGAGUGAUACAAGCUUUCAACCGUACUCACCUAUAUGUCUGUGGGAGUGGUGCCUUCAGCCCAGUAUGUACAUAUUUGAACAGAGGACGAAGAUCAGAGGAACAAGUCUUCAUGAUUGAUUCUAAGUGUGAAUCUGGAAAAGGGCGCUGUUCUUUCAACCCCAAUGUAAACACGGUGUCUGUUAUGAUCAAUGAAGAACUUUUCUCAGGAAUGUACAUCGAUUUCAUGGGGACGGAUGCUGCUGUUUUUCGUAGUUUGACCAAAAGGAAUGCAGUCAGAACGGAUCAACACAAUUCUAAGUGGCUUAGUGAACCUAUGUUUGUAGAUGCACAUGUUAUCCCAGAUGGCACUGAUCCCAAUGAUGCAAAAGUAUACUUUUUCUUCAAAGAAAGACUAACUGAUAACAGUGGUUCUACGAAGCAGAUUCAUUCCAUGAUUGCUAGAAUCUGUCCUAAUGACACUGGUGGGCAGCGUAGCCUUGUCAACAAGUGGACCACUUUCUUAAAGGCUAGAUUGGUAUGCUCAGUGAUGGAUGAAGAUGGCACUGAAACUUAUUUUGAUGAACUAGAGGAUGUGUUUCUGCUAGAAACAGAUAAUCCUCGGACAACACUUGUGUAUGGUAUAUUUACAACAUCAAGCUCAGUAUUUAAAGGUUCAGCAGUGUGUGUAUAUCAUCUAUCUGAUAUCCAGACUGUUUUUAAUGGACCAUUUGCCCACAAAGAAGGGCCAAACCAUCAGCUGAUUCCAUACCAAGGGAGAAUCCCUUACCCUCGUCCUGGCACUUGUCCAGGAGGAGCCUUUACCCCCAACAUGAGAACAACUAAGGAAUUCCCAGAUGAUGUCGUAACUUUUAUUCGGAAUCACCCCUUAAUGUACAACCCUAUCUAUCCAAUCCACAAAAGACCUCUAAUCAUCCGAAUAGGCACAAACUACAAAUACACGAAGAUAGCUGUGGAUCGAGUAAAUGCUGCUGAUGGAAGAUAUCAUGUCUUGUUUCUUGGAACUGAUCGUGGUACAAUACAGAAAGUUGUUGUUCUGCCUACUAAUAGUACAGCUAGUGGAGAACUUAUUUUGGAAGAACUGGAAGUCUUUAAGAAUAAGGCUCCUAUUACAACAAUGAAAAUUUCAUCCAAAAAGCAACAGCUAUAUGUCAGCUCCAAUGAAGGGAUUUCCCAAGUGUCUCUACAUCGUUGUCAUAUCUAUGGGACAGCUUGUGCUGACUGCUGCCUAGCAAGAGAUCCUUACUGCGCUUGGGAUGGCAGUUCUUGCUCCAGAUUCUAUCCAACAGGGAAGAGGCGGAGUCGCAGACAAGAUGUGAGACAUGGCAAUCCAAUGACUCAGUGCAGAGGAUUUAAUCUAAAAGCAUAUAGAAAUGCAGCUGAGAUUAUUCAGUAUGGAGUAAAAAAUAACACCACUUUCCUUGAGUGCACUCCCAAGUCUCCACAGGCAUCUAUCAAAUGGCUGUUACAGAAAGACAAAGACAGAAGGAAAGAGGUCAAACUUAACGAAAGAAUCAUUGCCACUGAACAAGGACUCUUAAUCCGUUCUGUCCAAGAUUCUGACCAAGGACUGUACCAUUGCAUUGCAACAGAAAACAGCUUCAAACAAACAAUAGCCAAGAUUAACUUCAAGGUCUUGGAUUCAGAGAUGGUAGCCUUUGUGACUGACAAGUGGUCACCCUGGACCUGGGCCAGUUCUGUCCGGGCACUGCAAUUCCACCCAAAGGAUUUUGUGGGAGCAUUCAGCCAUUCAGAAAUGCAGAUGAUUAAUCAGUAUUGCAAAGACACCAGGCAGCAGAGCGCCUCUCCACAGGGAGAUGAAUCACAAAAGAUAAGAGGGGACUAUGGCAAAUUAAAAGCACUCAUCAAUAGCCGAAAAAGUAGAAACAGGAGGAAUCAGUUACCUGGAUCAUAAUUUUUCCCCUUUUGGUGCAGCUGAUUUUUAUUUGUUUAUGCUCUCGGUUUGUUGGUUCUUAUUUGUCUUCUCGGAGCAUAUUUUGAGCAAAGAAUGUGUUGGAAUACCUGAGAAGAGUUUUUAUCCUAACCUGAAAAAUGCAUCAUAAAUGAACUUGAGCAUGCAUUUUCCAUAUAAAAUUCUGACUAGCACUAGACAUGUCACAGUCCUCAUGGUGCAUAUAAAUUUCUAACUUAACUCAGAGUCUAAUUUAUGUCUUUAUUUACCUCCCCAACCAAAAUCAAUUUUGCUAUCUAUAGAAAUAUAACCAGGAUACCUUUCAUUUCAGAUCAGAGACACACAAUCUUGUUAUUUUAUUUCACUACAGUUUGAAUAUGAAUUACUCAUUGUUCCUGGUUUCAGGAAUGAAAACAAAUACCAGGUUUGCUAUUUCCAUCUAUACACAAAAGUCACUAAGUAAAGCAAAGAAACUGACAAAUAUGUUGUAUAGAAGAUUUUUUUAAGUUGAUAAAAAGAUACAUUGAAAGUUGCAUGAAUAAUGAAUUGUACAUAAAGAAAAACGUGUGUACUUCUAGUGAAACACUGAUUAUUUUUAAAAGGUUCCAAAAAUUGAAUGUUAAGAUUCCUUGUGUGAAUCUCUCAUUCCCAAUGGCAAACAUGCUUUCACCAAAGUAUAAAUGCAUCUUCAGCAUCUUUAAUAUCUGUGAUGGGAGUGUUCCAAGGGAAUUGUAAAAAUGGUAUACAGAACAUGACAGGAAGGUAAAAGUUAUUUCCUUCUCUAAGAGCCUGAUUUUCUAGUUGCUCUUUUGUUUUUCCCAGAAAAUGGACAUUUUCUUCAGAGAAGAUUAUGUUGCACGACUCCUUGGAAAAAAUUCUUUGUAACUGGCCAGCAUUGUUGUCAGUGGCAAAGUUAAUUUUCGAAAUAGAUCUUUUUUAGUAUGCCAAAGGAUGCAUUUUGAGGGAAAAUGAGAAAAAAAUAAAAUGUUACUAACAAAUAAUUUUGUGGGAAAAUGAGCAAAAUAGACUUCAUCUUUGAAAGGAACUGGUUUUUAACACUUCCAUGCAUUUUAAAAAUUCACUCUUUCUCCAUGGUACUAUUUAUAGUUAAUCUAAUUAUUCUAAAUGUCUGAGCUGGUAAGUUAGUUCAUUAGAUACACUGGUUUUAGAAGUAGCUAUUCAGUAGCUAUACAAUGUUGAAAUAAAUUCUUAAGCUUUCAGAUUUAUGUUAGAAGCACUUUUUUUGAAUAGUUUAAUGCCUAAGGUUCCACCAAAAAGAGUAAUUAGGGAGAAUAGACUAAAAUGAAAGUUUCUCCUUUAUUCACAUUUAUUGAAAGCUCUCGAGUUUUUUCCCUUUCUUUUUUUUUCUUUUUCUUUCCAUUUUUCUCAAAUGGAAAUAAUGGCUUCACCAUUGACCUCAUCUAAUGUCUAGGACACUAAGCCUAUUAAUAUGAGUGGCAGUCGAUAGAAAAAGAAGGUCCAAUGGCUUUCCUCCAUAAGCACUACCAAGUUACAACUGUUCAAAGAUCAAAGACAUUUCUAAAGUGAAUUUGAUCAUUGAUCAGGAUAUAAGCAUACACUUUAUUAUUUAAAUAGUCAUAAAUUAUGAUAUGUUAAUAGGGUGAUAUUAGCUGAGUCUGAAAAAUAACAGGUACUCGUGGAACACAGAAUAUUAGUAACUGGGAGAUGAAAUUUGUUUUUUUAAGCCUGAAUUAGAACAAAUUUCAUAUUGUUCCAAAACAGUCUCCAGAGCUGCUUCAACUAUACAUGUUUUGACUGUUAAAGAAGAUUUAAGUGUUGAACUAUUAUUUUCUCCUUUGCAAAAGUAACAGAAAUGUGCUUCAGUUUCUCUAAAUAUUAUAAUCUUCCAUGGAAUUUCAAAUUCUCUGUAUAGAAUUGAAAGUACAAUUGCUUUAUAAUAAAUGUUCAGAGUAACCUAUAUAAUUUUGCUCACAUCACAUAGGACAUAACCUGGUAGGCAAUGUGGAUGUUUAGUUUUGUAAUAUUAUUUGUGCUAUUUAAUACCAUCUAUUUGGAACAUUAUUAAAGUGUAUAUAAUUUUAUUACUUUUUUAAGAAAAUCUUAUUAACUCUGCCAAAUGUAAAGAUUAUGUAUUCCCUUCCCCAAAGAAUCUCUUUAAUGUAAAUUGUAUGUUGGUGGCUCUCUUUAUUUUUAUGUGUAGUUUGUACAGUUUGCUGAUGUAAUGAUAUGUCCUUCACAAUCAUUGGUACUGUAGAUAAAAUGUGCUAGAAAAACAUUUUUCAAAGUGCAAGUGUCUGUAUAGUUUUUAGCAUGAUGAAACUGUUAUUACGGUGAAUGUUGACUAUAUCUUCAAUAAGAAACAAUUAAGUGUAGCCAGCACAUUAAUAUUUAAUUGAAUAGCUAAAAUAUUAUUUGCCUGGUUAAAUAAAGUGUGUUGAAAUCCUAGAA